GCCACGACUCGCAGCCACAGACCGCGUACAGUAUUUCGCCCGAGAAGCGCCAUGCGAAUAUCAUAUACUGCCGAUGUACACUACUUGCUCUUCGCCACCAGCUGCUAGUCACUAGUCUGACAGCUUCCCCCUCGACGUGCCGCUGGUCCCGCCACGUCGACCCCGUCCAAGUCAAAGCUGACGUCGUCCAUACGUUCAGCACGGACGCUGUCUCAUAUCGCCACAGCUCGACUAGAACACGCUUUGGACCUUUGCGAUCACUCGACGGACGUCGCGACCACAACAAUGUCUACCUCACAGCUACCCUCCCGGAACCGUUUCUCUCUUAUUCUCCAACUCGCGUCCUCCAGAGCCCCCGACAGUGGCAAGAAAACACCAUUGACAACACCGACGGAGUCUCACUACGCCCCCGGCCCGGCUAACAUUCGCUCCCCCAUCUCCAGCAUCCCGGAAUUUCGCCACCCAUUCGCAUCUAAACCAGAAGAGACAAAGUUCACACCCGCAUUCAUGCCGCUAUCCCCGACCGAAAUGGACACCUCGGAGCCCAACACCUUCUUGAAGAAGGCAAAGAGAAUGAGCAAGAUCCUCGCAGGAGACUCUUCCGACGAGAAUCAGAACGGAGAGCGAGGUAUGGCUGCGAAGAUCGCCAGGAAGCUGUCUUUCCAGCCUACCCUGUCUACGCCUGCGUCUGCAUCUGGGCAGGACCACUCGAUCCCGACUACUACCUCAGUAAGGCCUACUCGCCUCCCCUCGAAUGGGAUUACUCGGUCUGCGAACUCUUUGUCCGGAUCUCGAGGAACAACGAGUGAGAAGGCCUCUCGUCCAUCGCUCGAUCGGUCCGUCAAGUCCUUCUCCAGUACCACUCACGACGGAACGGCCAGUUCGCAUUCACACAUACCUCCCGUCCCCCCUCUGAUGCCUCGCCCAAUCGUUCAACCCCUGUCUGUCGACCUAAUACCUACACAGCCUAGUACAGCGUCAUUCGAAUCCCCGGUGGCUACAUCCAUACCUCGGCCAUCCUCCGCAUCUGGGCGUCGUUUGGUGAAGGAAAAGCGGAAACGAAGGAGUGAAGAAGGUGAUACUCGGGCUGCUUCUAUGUCUGCUCCUGCUGGGAAGCGGAUCGAUACCAAAAGCACCCCAAGUCUCAGGAGGGCGAACUCCUUGUGGGCGGAUAGAGAUAAGAGGAAGGCGAAGGAGAAACAUGUCGAGCCCAUGCCUGAUAGAGCUUCUGCCAUCAGGAACCUUCGAGAGGGUCCGUUUGGCUCGGAAUCCGAAUCAGCGAUGGAGAGGAAGAGAGUAUUGAACGUUAAACGCGCGCGAAAGAUGAAAGAGAUGUUCGGCGCAGAUCCCCCACGAGAACUAUACCAGUUCUCGCCGAGUGCAGAAGUUCCACCCGAACCCGUCGACGUCCCAAGCCGCAAUUCUGCAGCUUUGCUCUCAUUGCCCCCGUUCGAUAUGCUCUCUGCUCAGCCUUCCCCGCGCAAGUCAAGACAUCGUUCUCACUCGAGCAUGUCCUCCAUAUACUCGCAGCCAUCGAUGCUCUCCGGAGAUCUGGAGUCUUCGGACCCUUCCCAAAUGGCUGCUUCCCGCUCACCUCCAACACCACCCCCUUUCUCAGCCUAUUCUAUGCAACCGCCACCCGCCCCAAUCGCAGAAUCGCAACCACACGCUGCGCUCGACCUUGAGAACAGUUCCGACUUCCGCCAGCGCCGUCUGCGAGCUGCGAAGCUCUCGCGGUUCUUCGGAGUUACGUAUCAGGACAUUUCUUCAUUCGACCAACCUGGCGCUCAUACGCCACGUCCAAGCGUUGUUGCUCCUCCGCCUGUCCCCUUCGAUGCACCGUCGUCUCCAAUAGAUGUGGACGUCAGGAUAGCGGAGCCUAAUAGAUUCUGGGCAAGGGUAGAGCGCAGGGAGACCAUGCGCGAGCCGGUAGAUAUGGGGGCGGUAAUCCACAAGUUGAGAACGAUGCGCUAGAUUCGGCGGAUGACGAGGCCACACGUAUUUCAUGCGAUUCAUAAUGUCUUUAUGACGGCGUAAGUUUGGUAUGCUAGCUUCAAUCAGUGUUGAUUCUGACUCGCGAUUCAACAUUACUUUCUAUGUUACUCAUUGAUAUCUUCUUAGUCACCGGCAUAUCUUACUGUCUUUAUCUCUCUCUUCGUUCUUCCGUGUCUCUGUGUUGUAUAUGCCUCCCGUUCAGCUUGGACUCAGUUCUGUGUUUCCAGACUGGCAUGACCACACUCCUUUCCUCCCAUCACGAACUUUCAUGCCUUCUUUGUAACAUACUUAUGCGUCACGUCUUUUCUUGCUUGUUUCUAUGUUACUUUUUAGACAGCCAUAUAUGCCCAUAAUUUUG